ACACACGCGCACGCACGCACACACACGCACACUCUCACAGACACACACACACACAGGCGCGCUGCCCGGUGGUGUCUGUCCACCAUGGCCUGGCUGGAGCUCGCUAUGCAGAGCUUCUCUAUUUUUGGAUUUAUUUUAUUUAUUGUUCUUUGGCUCAUGCAUUUCAUGUCCAUCAUCUACGUCCGCUUGCAUCUCAAUAAGAAGAGCAGUGACAAACAGCCGUACAGUAAACUGGCCGGUGUGUCGCUGCUCAAACCCCUGAAGGGCGUCGACCCCAACCUCGUCAGCAACCUCGAGACCUUCUUCGAGCUCGACUACCCCAAGUUUGAGAUUCUGCUCUGCGUUCAGGACCAAGAUGAUCCAGCCAUCGACGUGUGUAAGAAGCUCCUCGGAAAAUACCCCAGCGUUGACGCUCGCUUAUUUAUAGGUGGUAAAAAGGUUGGCAUCAAUCCGAAAAUAAACAACCUCAUGCCAGGUUACGAGGGAGCAAAAUACGACCUGGUGUGGAUCUGCGACAGCGGCAUCCGAGUGAGGCCCGACACGCUGAUGGACAUGGCUACUCAGAUGACCGAGAAGGUGGGUCUGGUUCAUGGCCUUCCAUACGUUGCAGAUCGCCAGGGGUUCGCCGCCACACUCGAACAGGUGUAUUUCGGAACGUCGCACCCUCGCUCCUACAUCUCAGCGAACGUGACGGGGAUAAAGUGUGUUACAGGAAUGUCGUGUCUGAUGAGGAAGGACGUCCUGGACCAGGCUGGAGGUCUGAUCGCGUUCGCUCAGUACAUCGCUGAGGAUUACUUCAUGGCCAAAGCCAUUGCUGACAGAGGAUGGAAAUUUUCCAUGGCGACGCAGGUAGCCAUGCAGAACUCCGGCUCGUAUUCCAUUGCUCAGUUCCAGUCACGCAUGAUCAGAUGGGCGAAGCUACGCAUCAACAUGCUCCCAGCCACCAUCAUCGAGCCCAUCUCCGAGUGCUUCGUGGCCAGUCUGAUCAUCGGCUGGGCGGCGCAUCACAUGUUCCGCUGGGACAUCAUGGUGUUCUUCAUGUGUCACUGUCUCGCCUGGUUCAUCGCUGACUACAUCCAGCUCCGAGGAGUUCAGGGCGGUCCUCUAUCAUUCUCCAAGCUGGACUACGCCGUAGCCUGGUUCAUCCGGGAAUCCAUGACCAUCCAGAUCUUCCUCUCGGCUCUGUGGGAUCCCACAAUCAGCUGGAGGACGGGGCGUUACCGGCUACGCUGUGGUGGCACGGCCGAAGAAAUACUGGACGUAUAGAGAGAAAAAACUGACGGGGGGAAAAAAGCACCUUGAAGCAGCGGACACAUUUGUGAAAAAAUCUGAAAAAAGGUGGAAAAGCAAAAGUGGGCGGGGCCAGAGCAUGCCGAAAUAACUGCUCAUAAUCAUUUCAGAUUUACCUGUGAGGAAAAACAUAUCUUCUGAACUGCACCAGGGAAACAUUCAUUAAAGCUUUACCACACCACCA